GCACCCCUGGCAUAGAACAUAUUAAUGUCAAGAACAUUUUUGACUUGACUUCCCCUUUAAACACAUUUAAAAUUACCGGUAUACAAAUACAUUUAAACAUGUAUAAUAUCAUUAGGCGAGAACAAGAUUGAUGAAUAACACAAAAUGUUGUAUAAAAAAACAAAACUGUGCACUCAAACCAGCAAAGAUGGCAACAAAGAUGAUGAUGAAGCAGCCAUUAUAACAGUGUUUCCUUUUCAAUGCCGAAAUAUGCCCUUUGUGUAAAAAAAAGAAAUCGAUCAUAACAAACUUCUUGUGUGUGGAAAUUGAACAUUGAAAAUGUUCCUCUGGCAUGAGCAUUGCAGUACAACAUGGUCACAGCCCUUACAGUUGUUGUUUUUUUUUUUUUGGUGGGGGGUUAUGAACAUGUUUAAAGGCAGUUGCUGGUUGCCUGUGUAUCUUUUGUAUACCUGUGUGGCUCCAUCAAUGCUGUUUUGAAACUGCAGUCACAACCCGUGUCAGUAUCCCCCUCAGAUAACACAUUAUGUCACCAAUACAGACAGCAUGGGAAACGUGGAAGUGAUCAGCAAGCGAGCAGAGCGCCAUGUGUCGACUGACAGAACACAACAGUCAAUCAGCGGCUGAUAAAACGAUAGUGGCACCCCGAUUGGCCGAAUCGGUCCAUACGUGGAAUUUAAAUUCAAACCAAUGGCAUAAAAUGCCGGCAAAUUAAUGAAAAAUAAUGAUGCUAAAAUAAACAUGAAAAAAUGAACUGUGAACAGGGAACCAGUUCUGCUGUACUUCAAACAGGUACAUCUGGAAAAACUGAGAUGAUCAUGAAAAUGUUCAAUAUUAUUAUUCCCCUCAUUUGCGAAAGUGAAAAUUAUAUUUUAUACACAGAGUGGAAUAGCUCAACCUUUUAAAUCUGGCAAGUUAUAUUAUUUUGGUUUACAGGUAAUUCAAAAAAUUCAGUGUCUCAGAAAAUGUGAGUGUUAAAGAUGAUGACGACAAAAGGAUAUUUUAAAUAAAAUGUCAUGCUUCUGAAAAUUGUGUAAAUUUCUCUGCACUCAGUACUUUGCUGGGUCUACUUUUGACUGGAAUACUGCAUCAGCCAGUAGCGCUGCUCAGUGUGUGUAAUGGAAGUCCAUGUUGCUUCCAUAGAAGCAUUCAGGUCAAGAUCUACAUUUUUGGGUUUGGUUCCUCUCAUCUUCUUCAGUUUCCGACAGAGUCUGAAUGGGAUUUAGCUUAGGUGAGUUUGCUGUCCAAUCAAGCACACUGACCAUCCUGAUCAUUGAACCAGCUGCUGGUAUAUUUGGCAAAUGCCAAGUCUGGCAAGAAAAUUAAAUAAGCUUCUCUAUAAAGAUUGUCAGCAGAGUGAAGCAUCAUUUGCUCGAAACCUUCGUCGGAUUAGAUUGCUGCUUUGACUGUCCGCUUUGGAAAACACACUGGACCAACACCGGCUGAUGACAAAAGACCUGAAAUCAUCACUUACACUGGAAACUUGACACUGGACCUCAAGUAAUGUGGGUUCUGUGCCUUUCCACUCUUCCACCAGAAUGUGGGACCCCGAUUUCCAAAUGCUAUACAAAAUUUACUUACAUCUGAGAAGAGGAUUUUGGACUUCUGAACAACAGUCCAGUUCUUUUUCUCCACAGCCCAGUGUUUCAUUGGCAGGCAACGAUAAUGGGUCCAAGUGACAGCCCUUAUCAGAAUGGAGUGUUUUUCCUUACCAUCCACUUCCCUACAGAUUACCCAUUCAAACCACCAAAAGUUGCAUUUACAACAAAAAUUUACCACCCUAAUAUUAACAGCAAUGGAAGUAUUUGUCUGGAUAUACUGAGAUCACAGUGGUCACCUGCACUAACAGUAUCCAAAGUAUUAUUGUCAAUCUGCUCCCUUCUUUGUGACCCAAAUCCCGAUGACCCUUUGGUGCCAGAGAUCGCUCAUACGUACAAGGCUGACAGGGAAAAGUACAACAAAUUAGCAAGAGAAUGGACCCAGAAGUAUGCAAUGUGAGGUUGCCAGCGAGACGGAACUCCAAAAGGAGAACAAAAGAAACAUGUUUGAUUGUAACUGGAGGCAUAGUGAAAACAACAUGAGACAACAGGCAACCUUUUGGACAAGGCGGCAAUAUCCCGAUGUGCUGAGUUUAUCCGAUGCACUGUCCUUGAUGCAUUUAUGGAUCUCAGCAGGACCUGAAGGGCUCCUGGAAGCACUCGCUUAGCGAAAAACAGACACUACUCACAGCCCAAACGCCAUACUCCAGACUUUAAAUUGUUAUCCGUGCUAUUGUUCUAGCUGCCAUCUUUGUUGCUUUACAUAUACAUCUUUCAUUGUCAUGUUGUUUUACUUUGUUGGGUUAUGAAAACCAUCACCUUGAUUUUGGGGGAUGCUGCCUCUGUCCCACCGGAUGUCCUCUUCUCUUACUGCAUUUCCAUGGAUAUCGUGGCCUUUCUGUGUUCGGCCAACGUGCAAUUGAGACAGAAUGUUCCCAGUUCAACACAAUAAUGGUGCGGUGCCAUUACCAGCAGCUGAUCAAAUGGCACACACAAACACUACCCCAAGACAAUGUGAAAGUAUAACAAAAUCAAGACCGAUCAGAUAUAUUCCUUUGCUUUUGGAAUCGCAGCAUGUAGCGUUAAUGGCACUGGAGCUUUAUCUGCCCUUCUGCAGCCCACAACACACACACACACACACACACACACGUAGGUCAGAUGGCAAUUGGAUUUUUCUCACAUUUUGUCAUUGCUUACAUACAGAUAUCUUGUAUAAGAAUGCAUUUAUGAUGUGUCUGACAAACUUUACUGUUAGAAGACUUUGCUGGUAUCAUCAUGGCUACUCCUCGGCAUGUAGCGAAGCUAUGUGUUACCUCCUCAGUACAGUUACUCAGGUAUCAAACCCAAUCAUCAGCCUUUGGAAUAAGCAGCAAAACUUGGUGAGAAAAAUGCUUGAGGCCCAUAUUGUAGGGUGUACUAUUUACAUCCAUAAAACAAAACAAUUGCUGAAAGACAGAACUGCUCAUCUGCCCUGAUGUUUGUUUUAUAUAAGUAUUCAUUUUGUUGGGGAGGAGUCUCCUUUUACGCUUUAUAUUUGUUUUAUGAACAAAGCUCGGAUGUGAACAACUUCAUCACGCUUAUGCUACUGAAGUAGAACUAUAGUAAUGCUUUUUCAGGGUAAAUUAAUCUGAAAUUGUCAUCUUUCUUUUUUUGUUUACAUUUCAGGUGAUGUAAAGCUGCAGUACUCCAUGCUCAUAAUCACGAUUACACAAGUAUAUUUUGGGGUAAACAACCUCAGGUGACCAGUUUGUCUGGUUUCCACUUUUGUUUAGUAUUAUUAAAACAUUUAUUUUUAGCCUUCUAUUGUCAUUUCAUCUGGUGCGAUCAUGUUUGGAAUGUGUCAUAAUAAUGUUAGUUUGAAUUUAAUACAAUGUGACUGUUUGAUAAACUAGUUAGUGUGUGCUAUUUUUUCCAUGUACUGAUGCUGCCAAUAUAAAGGGAAAUUAUUUAAUUGCAGAAAGUGGAAGAAACACAUCUGAAAUGGUCCACAGCAAAGCAUGAACAUUAGUACUUUCAAUGCUAGGUUUUAGACCGCAUCUUAGAUUUCUAAAUUCAUUGUUGUUGUAGGAAAAAUGUCUGAAUCAGUAUAUAUUAUAAGGUUUUGAAAAGCUACACUGAAUGAAGUAAAUGUCUUUUUAUGUUUAGACUGUGUACAAUGUUUAUUUGGCUUUUUUUUCCCCCAUACUCCAACUGAAUGAAUGCAGCCUCAAUCCAUCGUGACUGAUCUUACCAUUGACUCUUGUGCUCAAAAGUUUGUAUAGGCAGCUUGGCAUGCUUUGCACUCUAGAGAACCUUCUCUCAGCCACUUGCCAGAUAUCAGGGAUUUUGUUAUAAUUCAUCUGCCUAAUACAUUUGAUGAAACGUUUAGCCUUAACCCUCAUUUUGUAUAUACAGUACAGGAAAAAACAAAUCUUACUGUAAGUGUCAAAUGCCUAAACUAGAUGUCAUGGCUCGUUCAUUUCCUUAGAAUUGUUUUUUUUCUCUAUAUCCAGGGCUGGCUUUCAUGCAUUUAAAAUUUUGAAAUUGUGCUUGAACUGUAACAUUGAGCAACCACAUAUCUUCACUUUGUCCAUCCAUGCAAGCUAACUGUUGACAUUGUCAUUAAACAUUAAUAAAAGCAA